GACCGGUCCCAGCGUCACCUCGCACGCUCUGUCGAAAUCGCACCCUCGUCGCAUUAGCACCGAACGCGAACCGCGAGACCGCUCGUCCGACGCGCCGCGUCUACCCCGCUUCUUUCCUCGAACAGCUUUUGUUCGAAGAACCGACGCUCUUAACUUUAACAUAGUUGUUGGUUAUCUCUUCGCUGAAGGCGAUACUUACAGAAAUCGUGAAAGAAUAGGAUUGUGACAGUGGAAAGUAUCGUAGUGGUUUAUAUCAGGGUGAUGGAGUACGCAUGUGCAUUUUAUCCCGGAGGGUAGUCUGGAUAGUUGCACGAGAAGAUCAUCUCAGACAUACGGGGACAGAAUAAUAUGUAAUAAAUCGCUGGACGGUGAUCGUUUAUAUUACUUCGCCUAAGCGGCAGCGAACGACCUAAACCACCGAGACCAUGGGCAAGAAGAACUCAAAACUAAAGCAAGACACGAUCGACAGGCUGACUAAUGCAACAUACUUUACCGAGAAAGAAAUAAGGCUCUGGCAUAAAGGCUUCUUAAAGGACUGCCCGAAUGGUUUGCUUACCGAACAGGGGUUUAUUAAGAUCUAUAAGCAAUUCUUCCCUCAAGGUGACCCGAGCAAAUUCGCUUCGCUGGUUUUUCGGGUCUUCGACGAAAAUAAUGACGGGUCUAUUGAGUUCGAAGAGUUUAUUAGAGCUCUCUCGGUGACGUCACGGGGUAAUCUAGACGAGAAAUUACAUUGGGCAUUCCGCUUAUACGAUGUUGACAACGACGGCUAUAUAACGAGAGAUGAAAUGUACAACAUAGUCGACGCGAUCUAUCAGAUGGUUGGGCAAACACCACAGCCGGAAGACGAGAACACUCCGCAGAAACGCGUCGACAAAAUCUUCGACCAGAUGGACAAGAACCAUGACGACCGUCUCACCCUCGAGGAAUUCCGUGAGGGCAGCAAGGCCGACCCGCGCAUUGUUCAGGCGCUCUCACUUGGAGGCGAUUAAUCGACGAUCAUCCUCUCGCCGGAUUUCUCAUUAUUUCCUGAAGAUUAAACUGUCUUUAUUUUCAUUUUGCGGAAAAACUUUAUUCUAAUGCCCAAAUUUUGUUUACUUCUCGUUUUCUAAUGAAAUAUUUUUAUUUUAAAUUCUUUACAAUCUUAUUUAACUUCAUGUUUGCCA